UGGCAAGUAAAACAUGAAACUCCAGACAAGCGAUCAAUCAAAUUUCAAGUCACUUAACGUUUAAAAACUAUGACAGCUAGCUCAAUGGUAAUUAUCAUUUAACUAUUACAACAUUAUUAUUAAUAAACGAUUAUUAAUAAUGUUUGAUGGAUUUGGAGAAAAUUCAAAAGAAUACUUCAAAUCAAGACAUAUCUUCAUUCGAGCUACAACGAGGCUGUCUACAACCAGGACACUAUGAGAACCUUUACAUAUCUAAGUAAAAGUCGGUUCGUAAAACUAUGAGGAUAACUACUAAACUUUACCUUAUAGUAUUUAUGUGCACAUUCAUCAUAUUAGUACAAUAUCAUAUCUACAAUCCUUGGGUGAUACCUACUCUUAACAGUAAUGACGAAUUACGACAAGAAGUUAUUGCUAAAAAGUCACAAGUGCCGUGUUAUAUUUUAGCAACAACUGAUGGGUCUGAGUUACCACCCCUCUAUAUCAUUACUCCUACUUACAGGAGACCUGAACAAAUAGCUGAAUUAACUAGGCUAUCUCAUACUCUUAUGUUAGUGCCGAAUCUGACGUGGUUAGUGAUCGAAGAUGCCCACAAAACCAACGGCUUGAUCAAUGAAGUCUUGCAAAAGUCGGGAAUAAAAUAUCAUUACAUGAUUGCGCCGAUGCCUGCAGAAUUUAAAAAUAAAACCAAAAUCGCAAAGCCCAGGGGAGUAUCAAAUAGAAACAAAGGUAUCGAGUGGAUAAGGAAAAAUACAAAAACUGGAGUUCUUUAUUUUGCUGAUGAUGACAAUACAUAUGAUCUAGAGUUAUUCAACGAAAUACGAUAUACAAAAAGAGUUUCUAUGUUUCCUGUUGGCUUAAUAACGAAAGCAGGAGUGAGUUCUCCUAUUGUUAAACAUGGAGUUUUUACUGGUUUUUACGACGGAUGGAUAGGUGGUAGGAAAUUUGCUGUGGAUAUGGCUGGUUUUGCAGUUUCUGUAGAGUUUCUGCACAAACGCCCUAAAGCUAAAAUGCCUUUCAAGCCAGGAUUUGAAGAAGACGGAUUUUUAAAAAGUCUGUCUCCUUUCGAGCCCGCUGACGUUGAGUUACUUGCGUCUAACUGUACAAAGAUCUUGGUAUGGCAUACACAGGCAAAGAAGAAUGAACCGUCGCUGCCUCUAGAUAUGGUUAAAUAUAAUAAUUCAAACCUCGUAAUGCUCAAAAAAAUUCUAGUCUAAUCUGGCAUUGUUUAUAUUUUUAAAAUAUUGCGCAGGUUAUUUACUUACGAAAAUUUCACGCUAUUUAAUGGCAAAUUGUUUGGAAAGUCCAUUUGAAUUGUACAUAGUGCAUAAAGUAAUUUAUUUUUUUAUAAGAAAAAUUAUUUUUAUGUUCAUUACGGUGACAAAAGAACGUAAUGGCGCAAGUUAGUUGUUUUAGACGUUGUGCACCUUUACAAUACAUUAUUGAAGCAAUAUUUUUUAUUAACGAACGAACUCAGUCAAAAGCUUUCACGAAAUGUGCAAAAAUUAUUAUUUGCACAAACUUCACUAUUUAUAUGUUUCAAAAUUUUAAAUAAGCCACUUAAACUAAUCGUAAACUAUGACACAUUUCAAUAUAUCAUAUUCAAAGUAGCCAUAAUUAUUUCAUAUUGCUAUAAGGAGUGGAAACAUGGACUCUCGAAAUUACAAGUAUGAGGCGUAUAGAAGCCUUCGAGGUGUGGGUUUUUCGAAGGAUGCUGAAGAUCUCUUGCAAAGAACAUGUGACCAACAACGAGAUGCUGAGAAGAAUGGGGACAGAGAGAACUCCUAAAUAUUGUAAAAAACAGAAAAACGGAAAAAAUUCUAGGACAUAUUUACAGAAGAGAAAGAUACAACUUUUUACGACUCAUAAUGGAAGGAAAAGUGGAAGGAAGAAGAGGUCCAGGAAGAAGAAAAUGCUCCUGGCUGAAGCAUGUAAGAGACUGACAGGCAUGGACACACAUUCAAUACUACGAACAGCUCAAGAUAGAGAACAAUUUGCUGUAGUUAUAGUCAACCGUCAGUACUGGAGAAGGUACCUUAAAAAGAAGAAGCAAUAAUUACUUAGUGGUUAAGAUAUGAGUGAUUACUUUGAUUUGCGCUUUAUGAUAUAAUCUUAAUGGGAAGAAGCGCAAGAGACAUCGUAGAACUUUAUGUGGAGCUUGAAGAAAAUCCAUCGCCGCCAGUUCAUCGCCGGCCGAUUCAUCGCCGACCGAUUCAUCGCCAGUUAAUUAACCGCUAACUGAUUUAUUUCCAAAUUUCCGACAAAUUUGCUACAGUUACAUUUAUUAUUUAUUUUUAAUAUUAAUUAUUAGGAAUUCUAGGAAAUGACCUAACCUAACCUAACCUGACACUACAUAAAUUUGAACAUAUAUAUUUCUACAAGGCCAUUUAACUCUACAAAUUUAAUACUAUUUAGUAUCAAAUUUAGGGGAAGUAGAAAUAGAACAGUAAAUUAUUAUAAUAAUAUUUUUUAUCUUUUUAAUUGUUUAAAAUUGAUUAUUUAAUAGUUAUUUAUGUACCAAGUCAGUAAAGUGACUCUUUAUCGAACGAGUUUGAUAUUAUGAGCCGAGCGAGCGUAGCGAGCAAGGCGAAUAACAGACGAGUUCGAUAAAGAGUCUUUACUGACGUGGUGCAUACAAAAUUUUAUCGCCAUUCAUAAAAAACAUUAACACUUACUUAAUUACAUCCUUCUAAUGAAAAAAGGGUGUGUGUACUUUGUACGCACGAAAGAAGUUAUAUUUCUAUUAUCAUGAUUUCAACGAAAUAAAUAUAUUUUAUACAGUUUUAUCGUAUUUAUAUUUAAAUAAUAUACUACUAUUAUUAUUAUUAAAGUAAAAUACCAAAAAUUAAAAAUACCGUUAAUAGUUACGUCAUUGUUGAUGAAGUGUAGCUUCCCUCAGCGAAGUUGCUUUUCCAGUGAUGAAUAGUAGAACAUCUAAAUAAAUAUAUUCGCUAACAAAUUAUCAGUACCUACAUAUUUAUCACCGUCCUAUAUAUAAGUAAUCUAAUUAACAAAAACACCAUUUCAUACUAUAUUUGCAUUAAUACGAAAUUUAAAAGGUUUAAGAAUUCUUUUACUUUGACACGAAAUAAAAAUUUCGUAUGACAGUAAUGACAGAAGGCAGAAGGCUCUUGUAUGAUGACCGAUUUCGAUGUUAAAUCGAUAGUUGUUAGGUAUCAAUAUUGAAUACCUAAUUACUAAAUCUGUAAAGUUUUGAUUUAUGUUUUAUAAAUAUAAUUGCAAAAUACUACACAAUUUCAUUUUCUGACAUAUUAUAUUUAAUUAAUAAUAACGUAAAUUUUAUACAAUAUUUUUAAUAAUUAAAGUAAAUAAAUUUUAAGGUCACUCAAAUCAAUAAUCGAUUACUGCCAUCGACCACUUACAUUCAAUCUCAGUUAAUUUGAUUAAUCGCGACAGGUAACGUUAAAAAUCCUUCUUUCAGUACAAUAAAGUGUUACUUUACUGCCGCAAAUGGCGGCAAAUGAGUACAAUAAUGAAUGACUUUACUGACGGUUGGCGAUAAAAUUAAUUUAAUUCUGUUUUGAACUGAAUUUAACGUCGUGUCGUGUCAUCUCCCAUAAUACAAAAUCAACUGACUAACUGGCGAUGGAACGGACGGCGAUGAAUCGGACGGCGAUGAAAUGGACGGCGAUGAAAUGGACGGCGAUGAACUGGCGGCGAUGAACCGGCGGCGAUGAACCGGCGGCGAUGAAACGUCCCAUUCCGAAAGUUUAUAAUAUAUAUAAAACCAUCAUACGACCAAUACCAACAUUUGGCGUAGACACUUAGAAACAUGGAUCAUAACAGAAAAGACAAUAAACCUUAUUAAUACUUUUGAAAUAAAGAUAAUAAGGAGGAUAUUGGGACCCAUUUGCGACAAUGGUAUAUGGAGAAUAAGGUUCGACCACGAGUUGUACUAAUAUUACAAAGAACUCUCUAUAGCAAAUUAUGCAAAAAUACAAAGAUUGCGCUGGGCAGGACAUCUUAUAAGAAUGGAUAAUGGCAGAACACCUAGUAAAACGCUUAGCGGAACUAUGGUGGGACGUCGUCCAGGAGAAAGACCAACGAAGAGGUGGAUAGACGAAAAGAGAACCAAUACUAAAGAAAUAUUGAAGCUAGAUAACUGGACGAGUGCAGCCAGGACAGAGAUACUUAAAGGCAGAUGCUGGGGGAGGCCAGGGUCAGACUUGGGCUGUAGUGAUUUAGGAGAGAGAAAGAUGAUUACUUUGCUUAAUUCUAAAGUCUCAUUUCUUUAAUUUAAGUCGGGCGCUCUGCUUUUUAUCACUCCGGCACUCUAGUACACGUAGUAUUUUGAGUGUGAGAGAAUUCUGCUCUAGCAAAUCACAAUCUUAAGAAGUUUACGGGAAGCACCAUUUUCAAUUUUGCGGAUUGUCGCGCUCUGCGGAUCAUCCCCUUUGCGGAUCAUCCGCUCGCGGAUAAUCGGGAUUUGACUGUACUUUUUUAUAACUGUAUAUUGCUUUUUUAUUCUAUUUCAUUUUCUUGUUUUUUUUUCAUUCUUUCUAUCUAGUAUGUACUUUCACUGUAGUUUUCUAAUUUUCAAAAUAUUUACAUAUCUAAAACUGCUUUUGAACAGUUUUGAUCCCCCUUUUUAGCUUGUUUCACUGAAUUUAUUUGUCGCAUAUAAUUCUAAUCAAUUUCCUUAGGAAAAAAAGGAUAUAAACAUAACUCAAUUAAUAAUUUGUUAAAAUUAUUAAAAUAGUUUCGGUAUAUUAUGUGAAAUCACUUGUGAUAAAUACCCAGAAGUGCAUAUACAGGGUGUUUGGUAAAGAAUGGGCCAUAGCUUAACCAUAGAUUCCUGAGGUUAAAAUAGGUCGAUUUAAGCUAACUUACCUUAGUACAAAAGUUGAUAAUAGCCGACAUACAGGGUGUCAAAGUUAAACUUUUAUUUUAUUUAUUCUUGAAUAUUUCGUGACAGGCAUGGGAUAAUAACACGAAAUUUGGUAGGCGGAGACUUUUUGGGAUGAGAUAUCUCAAUUCACUACCAAAAAUGAUGUAUUACCGAGUGGGCGCCACAUACGCCUUUCAUCGCUAAUUAAAUAGGCUCAAUUUUUUUAUUACCCACUCUACAUACUUCUUGAAUCAAAACUUUUAUUCUCUUAAUAUUUUACUUAAAAAAGGUAUACUACAUUCAUCUCGCUAAACUCAACGCUAAAGUUUUUGCAUAUUAUCAUUGUAGUUACACCCGAAAAAUAACUUAAGACCAUAAAAAUUUACAAAAAUGUGUCGCAAAUUUCUUCAAAUGGAAUUUGCGAUGAAAUGACAUAAAUAUGAGAACUGGCACAAUUAUUAUGGUUUCGAGUUUAUUUUUCGGGUCUAACUACAAUGUUCGGCUCUAACUACAAAAUUAUGUUGUAUCGCAUAUUUAAAAUGCGUUUAUCUCGAAAACAGUUAAGUUUAACGAGAUGAAUGUAGUGUAAAAAUAUUAAGAGAAUAAAAAUUUUGAUUAAAAAAGUAUGUAGAGUGGGGGAUAAUAAAAACUGAACGUAUUAAAUGAGCACUGAAAGACUUAUGUGGCGCCCUCUGGGCAAUACAUCAUUUCUGGUAGCGAAUUUAGAUUUAUCAUCUCGAAAAACCCUCUCUUACCAAAUUUCGUGUUGUUAUCUUAUGCCUGUCAGAAAAUAUUCAAGAAUAAAUAAAAUAAAAGUUUAACUUUGACACCAUGUAUUUCGGUUAUUAUCAACUUUUAUACUAAGGUAAGUUAGCUUAAAGUGACCUAUUUUAACCUUAGGAAUCUAAAGUUAAGCUAUGGCCCAUUUUUUACCAAAAACCCUAUAUAUGUCACACAUAUAGAGCUCUCAAAAAAGUAUAACUAAACAUAAAACAAGUUUUUUUAAAGAAAAAACUACAAAGUUUAUUUAUAAUAAGUUCAAUAUGCCGUUAGUAAAAAUUUUGUUUCAAUAAAAUAUGAAACGUAAAAAUUACAGUGAUUUUUUGUUACUAUUUAUUUAUAAAUUGUUUUGAUUGUUUUGAUCAUACAAUUAUAUGUUCAUAUCAUAAAAACGCAAUCGUGAUAUUCAAUAUAUUUAUAUCAAUACAAUAUUUAUUGUGCAUAUAAGUACCAUAUCCCAAUACUUUAAGUUUUAUUUUUCAAGAAUGGGGCUGUGGAUGAUUUUUAUACCUAUAUUAGUUUUAAGGUAAAUGCCAUUUACACAAUCAUGUAGAUAUUAAAUAGAUAUAUUUGUUGCAUUUA